AUGGGUCCUAUCUGGCUGCCAAACGCUUUAAUUGUCAUCAUCUUCUCGAUUUUGGUGUACCAAUAUCCGAGUGCACUAAAUUUCAAACCUCUAUACUCAAAGGAGGUAUUAUGCCCAUUGCCUGAAUUUGUUGAUACUCUAAAUCAUGAGAAAACACAAUUGAUUCUUCAUGACUCUGCGUUUAGAAAGAAGACAUUGGAUAGGUUUUCAAGAGCUAUUCAGAUUGACACGACCAUUGAUGAGAAAAUGAAUGACUUCACAAAGUUUGAAGUAUUUCACAAUUAUUUGGAAACUGAGUUUCCAAUUGUUUUCGAAAAGGCAAAAGUUACCAAAAUCAAUACGUAUGGGUUACUAUUUGAGGUUGAAGGUGAAAAUCCAGCUCUCAAACCUGCAAUGUUCAUGGCGCAUCAAGACACAGUUCCUCUCGGUGAUAUAAAGGAAUGGAAAUUUGACCCAUUAGGCGGAUUCUAUGACGAUAAAAGAGUUUAUGGUCGAGGCACAAAUGACGUCAAAGGUCUUCUUGUGGGAUUGAUGAAUGCAGUGGAGACAAUCUUUACAGAUUAUCCAGACCAUAAAUUUCAACGUGGAUUCAAACUUGCAUUUGGCUUUGACGAAGAAAUUUCGGGAAAUAUGGGAGCAAAGAAGAUUGGUGAAUAUUUACUUGAGCAAUACGGUCCUAAUACCAUAGACCAUAUUAUUGAUGAAGGUGCACCAAUGUUUCUUGAAUUGAAAGGGACAUUUUUUGGACCUAUUGUUACAUCAGAAAAAGGGUAUAUGGAUAUGAGGGUUGAAGUAACUACCCCCGGUGGACAUUCAUCCAAUCCAAGAGAUACAACGUCGAUCGGAAUAUUGUCGAGAUUUUUAGAGUCCUACGAAAGAGAUAAGUUUCCAGCUAGUUUACCUAAUAGUAGUCCAAUGUUGAAAUUUUUAGAAUGUAACGCUGAGCAUCAUCCAAGUAGCAAGUUCUCUUUAAAAGACAUCUUGCUAAAGCUUUCAAGGGCAAAUGAACUUGCAAAGAGAUUUAUUGUUCGGAAGCUGGAAAAAAUCAAGCUUUUCGAAUAUACUAUUAGAACCUCACAGGCCAUUGACGUUAUAUAUGGAGGUGAGAAAUACAAUUCCUUACCACCAAAUGCGACGGCAAUAAUAAACCAUAGAAUUACUAUUGGUGAUACUUUUGAUACUAUCUGGGAAAAAGCAAUAAAGCAUGCAGUUCCUGCUGCUGAAUUUUCCAACGUUGGGUUGAUUGUGAAUAAUGUGGAGAUCAUCCCUGCCACGAAGAAUGGUGUUAUCAAGAUAGGCCAACUCGAGAAAAAUGGGGAUAUGUUGCCAGCACCCAUCACUCCAGCUUAUGAUGACAAAUGGAACAGACUAACCAGCUAUAUUAGAACUUUCUACGAAAAAGAAGUUUAUCCGGAAAAACUCAAGAAUUCAACAUAUAUCAUUUCUCCAACAUCAAUGCAAGGUAAUACUGAUACGAGACAUUACUGGAAGCUGACGGAUCAUAUCUAUAGGGUUCAACCAGGAAUCACAAAUUUGUUUGAAGCAAAUAUGCAUGGAUCAAACGAGUAUGUUGACAUUGAGACGCAUAUGCAAGUCGUUGCCUUUUAUUACAACUACAUACUAGGUAUAUGUUAA